AUGUGCAUGUCUAAAAAUUGGUUGUGGCUUCGAUCCGAUUUUUUUAAACUAUUAAAAAAAAAACUAUUGAAUAAAAACAAGUUCCGGAGAAAAGGCAUACUUCUACUAGAUGAAAUAAACUUAAGAGAAAGCAUUACUGUCAAUAGUAGAACACUAACCUAUACUGGUCUAGAAGAUUAUGGAGAAGAAAUAAAAUCAAAACAAAAAAGCAACCUGAAAGCUAAUAAUGCAUUAGUUUUUAUGUGGCAAAUUUUUGGUGAAAAUGUAGCACAACCUAUUGCUGUUUUUACUUCACAUGUUCCUGUAAAAGGAGUUGAUCUGGCCAAGUUAGUUAUUAAAGCAACUUUACUAAUUGAAGAUUCAGGAGGAGAAGUAAUCGGAUUAACUUCUGAUGGUGCUUCUACCAACAGGACAAUGUGGAGUUCAUUAGGAAUUUCAGCAAAGAAAAGUGAUUUUAAAAACUAUUUUGAAAAUCCAUAUGAUCCAUCCAGAAAU